UUUGUGUGUGGUGAUAUGAACAUUAAUUUUUUGAAUACUGAUUGCAUGAAUCGUAAGCUUUUCAUGGAUUUAAUUGAUUGUUUUGGUCUUAAGAUUACUUCUACAGAGCCUACUAGAGUGUUUACUGAUGUGAAUGGUCACACAUCGACUUCUAAGGUUGACUAUAUUCUGACUAAUGCUGAACAGUCUGAGUGCAAGGUGGAAGUUUUUGAUGCCUUUAUUGGCGACCACAGGACCAUUCUGUUGGACUUCACCACUGAACUCGAAACAAUGCCUCAAUCUGUAUCAAAGUUGGUCAGAAACUUGAGCUCUUUAUGAGACUGUUGAUGCCGAGAAAUGUUUUGAAGUUCUCAUUCAGACGAUUGUCAGCACAUUCGAAUCUUGCUGCCCAGUGAAAAGAUUUUCUAGUAAUAGUAGUCAAGUAAAGAGGUGGAUUACUCCUGAAAUAACCCUUGCAAAACAGGAACUCAUGAAUCUCCACUGGUUA